AUGGCAACCAAAACGUUGGAGGCUCGGUUUGAGCACCUGUCCGUCAAGGAGGAGAACAACAACGAACGGAAUUAUGGAAAGCCUAAGGCUUCAAAGGGCCCCUCCUCGACGACCACUUCAAUGUCCGGCCUUGGGUCAUCCCAGAGCAAUUCAAACCGGGCUCAGUUACUGAAGCUGGCACUUCAAAACACAAACGAAAACAAGGCGAAUGCUAUGAAUGUUCCACCAUCUCCUGGUAAAGGGUCGAGUGCUUUAGUGACCCGGAACACCGAUGAAAAUGGCGAUCAACGUACAUCAUCUUCGCUAUGUGACCAACCCACGGUGCCCAGGGAGCUUCACCUGGGUAUGUUUGAGAUCGGCAAGCCUCUUGGUAAAGGCAAGUUUGGUCGAGUUUACCUGGCCAAAGAACGAUCAUCGGGCUUUGUAUGUGCUCUGAAGGUGCUGCACAAAUCGGAACUUCAGCAAGGCGGCGUCCAGAAGCAAGUUCGACGUGAGAUUGAGAUUCAGAGCAACCUUCGUCACCCCAAUGUCCUCCGGCUUUACGGGCAUUUCCAUGACAGCAAGCGAAUCUUUUUAAUCCUGGAGUUUGCCGGCCGUGGUGAGCUCUACAAGCACCUUCGAAAAGAACACCGGUUUCCAGAGUGGAAGGCCGCCCAGUACAUUGCACAAAUGGCGGCAGCUUUGAAGUACUUGCACAAGAAGCAUGUCAUGCAUCGCGAUAUUAAGCCAGAGAAUAUUCUGGUGGGUAUCCAUGGAGAAAUCAAAAUCAGUGACUUUGGUUGGAGUGUUCACGCUCCCAAUAACCGCCGACAAACGAUGUGCGGUACUCUUGACUAUCUCCCUCCAGAGAUGUUGAAGCAAGGGGCCCAGGACAACCAUUAUAGCGAGAAGGUGGAUCUUUGGAGUCUGGGCGUCUUGACUUACGAAUUCCUGGUUGGCGAGGCUCCUUUCGAGGAUACCCCUGUCAUGACUCAACGACGGAUUACCAGGGCUGACAUGUCCGUCCCUUCCUUUGUUAGCCCCGAAGCAAAGGACCUUAUUAAGAGAUUACUGGUUCUCGACCCCGAGAAGCGAAUUCCCCUCGAUGAGAUUCAACGCCACCCUUGGAUUGUCAAGCAUUGCGUGAAAGACGCAAAGCGAAGCUCUUGCUCUUCCAAGGAGGGCAAAGCAUGA